AUGGGUACUAACAUUUCCGUCGAGAGAAUUAUCUUUCAAGGCAUUAUUUCCGACCCUCGUAGUAAAUUCCUUGUCGACCACGCUGGUUACAUCUGGCUUUCAGAUGCUACAAAUGAAAGGAUGUUUUCCUUCUUUCAUUCACGUAAUGACAAGAACAAUGGCCCAUUUAUACUAUGGUUGAGUGGGGACCCGGAGCCAGUAGUAGCACUGUGUUAUUCUAUGAAAAUGGUCCAUUUACUCUUCGAGAUGACUACUCUCGUCGAUACUGAAUACAGUUGGGACAAGAUGUCGAAUUUUUAUUUGUUGAUCAACAUAUGGAAACAGGGAUUUGCUAUUGGUAAUGGACAUAUAAAUCCUCAUAUUCAAUACCCAAAAAUACCCGAAUAUGCGAAGAAUCACAGUAUAAUUACGGAAGAGCAAUACUCAUUUUUACAAACUCUGAUUCCAAGAUGCAAAACUUCUAUAAUGGAUUGUGAAACGGGGAAUGAAGAAACAAGCGAUGAAGAUGCAUGUUCCAAGGCAUUCAAAUAUUGCACUCAAUUGGUUGAUUGGAUUCGUAGCUUUGCUCAUGACAUAAACUUUCCUAAUAUUGGAAAGCCUCGUGAGGUGAAAGUUUCUCUAGUUGUCUCUGACAACACCCAUGGUUUUUCUUCGGUUUGGAGUUUUCCACGUCCCUCCGACAACGAUUUUUCGAAGUUGAAUAUGUUUAUUAAUACGCCAUCCAUAAAGGAUGCUCUAAGUGAAGGAGGAGAGCCGUUUGUUUUUCGUUCUUUGAACCGUAAGGUAUUUAUUGCAUUGAGAGAACAGUUUAAUGGAGUUUUAAAUGAUGAUUUUGUUGUUGAUGGUCUGACUGUGGGAUCUAUGAAAAACUAUGGUCCUCUCACUUACAUUAAGGUUUCAAAAGUUGGUCACAUGGUUCCAAUGGAUCAACCAAGAAUUCUUUUCAGAUGA